AUGGGGGAAGAGAAGUACUAUUUAGCUGUGAUACUAGCACAAGCAAUAUAUGCUGGCAUGGUUUUGCUUACCAAAGCCACCUUUAAUGGUGGUAUGAACUGUUACAUCUUCACUUUCUAUCAUCAACUAGUUGGAACUGUUGUCUUAGUCCCUCUUGCUAUGGUUUUCGAAAGAAGAAAUGGAACACCACUUUCUGUAGUUACCUUCGGCAAGAUUUUCAUGCUUGCCUUCUUGGGGGUGACUCUUCCCCUUAAUGCUUCUAAUGUUGCACUUGCCUACACAUUAGCAACAUUUGGUGCUGCUAUAUUGAACUGCCUCCCUGUUGCAACUUUUUUCUUGGCUCUUCUCCUGCGGAUGGAGAAAUUAAACAUAAGGACAACAGCAGGGAUAGUGAAGGUUGCAGGACUAGGGGCGUGCAUGGCUGGUAUUGUGGUUCUUACCUUCUGCUUGGUCUUUGUCCCUUGUUCUUCCGAAAGGCUAAGGUUCACAACCCUACUAUGCCUUUCAAGUACUGGUCAGUGUUUUGUAUUUGCUAUUGCUUUGGAGAGAGAUCCUAGUGAAUGGAAGCUUAGUUGGAACAUUAAAUUACUCACAAUAGUUUACACACAGAUAGAUUUAGUGACUGAGGUUGAGCUAGAGAUAUUGACCAAGAUAAUUAAGCAUAUUAAUGGGAUGGCACAAAUGAAGCAAGCUAAGUUUGGAUUCGUUGACAUGGACUUUGUUCUUGGAGUGGGAGGUUAUGAUCUUGAUAGGAUUGAUUCUGAAGUUCAGCUGAUUUUCAAAGAUUCAGUCACUCGACCUUAG